GGCCACGCUGCCCGACCUCCCAUGUACGAGCUCAUUCUAUCUCCUACAGAUACCACCUACUAACAGCUCCCAGACGACUACGGCGCGCUCGAACCCUCCAUCUCCGGCAAGAUCAUGGAGCUCCACCACAAGAACCACCACAACACCUACGUAACCUCCUUCAACAACUUCAGCGAGCAAAUCGCCGAAGCCAAGCAAAAAGAAGACAUCAAGGCGCAAAUUGCCCUGCAGCCCUUGAUCAACUUCCACGGCGGCGGCCACAUCAACCACAGCCUCUUCUGGGAGAACCUCGCGCCUACCAACCAGGGCGGCGGCGAGCCCCCGUCUGGCGCCCUGUCUGCUGCUAUCAACAACAGCUACGGCAGCCUUGAUGCGUUCAAGGAGAAGUUCAACACGGCGCUUGCGGGUAUUCAGGGCAGCGGUUGGGCGUGGACGUAUGCGAACCAGGAUCCGGUCGUGGGGCAGUUCCGUCCUAUUCUCGGUGUUGAUGCGUGGGAGCACGCUUACUACCUCGACUACCAGAACCGCAAGGCCGAGUACUUCAAGGCUAUCUGGAACGUCAUCAACUGGAAGGCCGCUGAGAAGCGCUUCCAGUAGAUCUGAUGCUCCUGCGGCAGGACGAGGUUCCUAACUCGCCGUUAGCUAGCGUCUGGUCAAGUAUGAACGAUCUUCAUAGUGUAUGUAGUGUAGUAAUGCAAGCGAAUGGAUUAAUGCAAGAUUACAA